CUGAUUUACACUUUUGUUAUUGUUUAUGUUCAACCGGUCGAUUACAGUCGAGUAGAAACGCUGGUUUUGGAUAUCAGGGAAUGUCCGGUUUAUGGACAUACUGCACUGAGGACGACGAGAGGACAUUUUCGGCGGACUAUCGGACCAGGACGCCUGGCGGCCACCGAGCCACCCCCGCGAGGGGGUUCUCGUCAGGCCGCAACGACGGUGCGAGGUGCACUACAACAAGCGGACGAACCAAGCCGGCAGUUUUCUGGAGAGGAGGAUGCUCUGGUGCUCGACGGCGAUUUCUAUGGCAUGCAGCGGCGGCAGUAGCCUUGCACGGGACCAAGCAUAGGACGAGUCUGGAAAUCAGCCUUUGCCGGAGGACCACCACCACGAAAAUGCUGCCCGCGUUCGAGAAACCGGCCCGAGUGUUCGUUCUGGGGUCCGGCAGGCGGUCGGCCGGGCGGUUUGGACUAAAAAGCUUCCGGCUGCAGAUCGAAGUGCGGCCCGUGCGUGCCGGAACCGGAGAUGGUGACUAGAGGAGGAUGAGGAACUUUCGGAUAUGACGGUGAAACUGAUAAAAGGGUAAGAUGGUUUGAUGACGAUGGCAGUUCCGAGAGCGCGAGACAUGGCUUUAAGAAUUCCGGCGAGCAUUUCAUUUGGAAGCUCGCCGGUCAAUCGUAGGUAUGCUGAAAUUGUAAUUUUAAGAAUAAUUAUUAACAAUUUUGACGAUUUUUCGACACAUUGUUACAUAGUAUAUUAUAUAAUAAGUCGUAACACUUUUAGUUCAUAAAUAUUGUAUGCUUAUAACUUACGUUAUAAUG